AUGACCCCCCAAACCACCGACGUUCUCAUCGUCGGCGCCGGCCCCGCCGGCCUAAUGCUCUCCACGCUCCUAACCCGCCUCGGCAUCCCCCUCCUCCACAUCGACGACCGCCCGCACGCCACCAGCACCGGCCGCGCCGACGGGCUGCAACCCAAGACGCUCGAAACACUGUCACAACUCCGCCUGCUCACGCCGCUGCUCGAACGCGGGGUCAAGAUCUACGACAUUGCGUACUGGAACUCGACGGCGGAGCACGCGCUGAAGCGGACGAGAAGGGAGUGCCAUUUCCCCGGGGUCGUGGAGGUGGUGGAGAGGUUUAUACUGAUCUGCCAUCAGGGGGUUGUGGAGGGCGUGUUGGAGGGGGAUGUGGUGGGGAGGGGGGGCGGGGUGGUGAGGGGGGUGGGCUUCGCGGGGUAUGAACUGGAGGGGGCGGAGGGGGAGGGGGAGGGGGGGAUGGUGAGGGCUUGGUUUGAGAAGGUGGGGGCGGGGGAGGAGAGUGAGAGGAGGGAGGUGAGGGCAAAGUAUGUGGUGGGGUGCGACGGCGCGCAUAGUGCGGUGCGGAGGUGUAUGCCUGGUGCGAAGAUGGAGGGGGAGAGCACGGAUGUGUUUUGGGGCGUGUUGGACGGCGUGAUAGAGACGGACUUUCCGGACCUGUGGAGUAAAUGCGCAAUCGCCACCCACGACAGAGGCACAAUCCUGUGCAUCCCGCGCGAGCGCGGCAUGACACGGCUGUACAUCGAGCUCAGCAACGGGAGCAAGUCGGAGGCGGCGCAGGAGUUUGUCAUGGCGCGCGCGAGGGAGAUCAUGGCGCCGUUCAGCGUCGAGUGGAGGAGUGUCGAGUGGUUCGGCGUCUACCAGAUCGGACAGCGGAUAGCUAGCACAUUCAGUGACCGCGGCCGUGUCUUUAUCGCCGGCGAUGCAGCGCACACACACUCGCCCAAGGCCGCCCAGGGCAUGAACGUCUCCAUGCACGACACCUUCAACCUCGCCUGGAAGCUCGCCUGCGUACUCAAAGGCCUCUCGCCCGCCAGCCUCCUCGACACCUACAUCAGCGAGCGCCGCAAGAUCGCGCACGACCUCAUCGCCUUCGACCACGGCCACGCCUCCGCCUUCACGGGCAACGACGCCGCCGCCCUCGCUGCAAACUUCGAGAAGAACAUCCGCUUCAUCUCCGGCGUCGGCGCCGACUACGACGCGAACGUGCUCAACCGCCCGCUGGCGGCGGGACUGACGUGCGGGCUCGUCCCGGGACAGCUGCUUACGCCGGCCAGGGCAACGAGGUAUGUGGAUGCAAACCCGGUCGACGUGCAGCGCGACAUACCGUGGCUGGGGCAGUGGCGGGUGUAUUUCCUAACCGACGACUACCACGCCGCGCGCCCGCUGCUGGAGGGCCUGUGUGCGGCGGUUGAAGCGCCGGGACACAUCCUUGCGCGGGCGGCGGCGGCGUCUGCGGCGUCUGCGGCGGCGGAGGGUGUGGCGCGGGCGGGGUGGGUGGCGGCCGAUGAGUUUGUGCAGCCGGGGCGGUAUCUGGCGGGGGGGCAGCAGGUGCUGAGUUAUUCGCUUAUCACGCGGACGGCGCGGGGGAGCGUGGAGCUGGAGGAGAUGCCGGCGCUGGUGAGGGGGAAUCGGUGGGCGGUGUAUGUGGAUGAUCUGGGGGAGGGCGUGUCGCCGGUGGCGAGGUGGGGCGGGGGCGCGGUGGGCGGCGGGGACGUGCUGGUGGUGUGUGUCAGGCCCGACGGGUAUGUCGGUGCUGUGGGCGGGCGGUGGGGCGACGGACAGGCGGCGCAGGCGGCGGAGGCGGCGGCGGCGGCGGCGGCGGCGGCGUGGCUGGAGGCGUAUUUUGGUGGCUUUUUGGUUGGGUGA